AUGGUCCCCAUCAUCCCAAGUUACUUGUACAGCAUUAAGCAUGAGAAAAAUGCUACAGAAAUCCAGACUGCCAGGCCGGUGCUCACAACCGCCACUGCAGGCAGCUUCCAGAGCAUCUUCUCCUAUUACGACAACUCUACCAUGUUCACCGGGAACACCACCAGAGACCUUCAGGGAGGGCAGCUGCGUAAGGCCACCACACAGCAUGUGGUGACCAACACGUCCACUACUUCUUCCGACUGUCCCAGUGAAGACAAAGACCUCCUGAAUGAAAACGUGCAAGUUGGCCUAUUGUUUGCUUCCAAAGCCACCGUCCAGCUCCUCACCAACCCUUUCAUAGGACUGUUGACCAAUAGAAUCGGCUAUCCAAUUCCCAUGUUUGCGGGAUUCUGCAUCAUGUUUAUCUCAACAAUUAUGUUUGCCUUCUCCAGCAGCUACGCCUUCCUGCUGAUCGCUAGGUCGCUGCAGGGCAUUGGCUCCUCCUGCUCGUCUGUGGCUGGGAUGGGCAUGCUUGCCAGUGUGUACACGGAUGAUGAAGAGAGAGGCAAUGCCAUGGGGAUCGCCUUGGGAGGCCUGGCCAUGGGGGUCUUAGUGGGCCCCCCCUUCGGGAGUGUGCUGUACGAGUUUGUGGGGAAGACGGCCCCGUUCCUGGUGCUGGCUGCCUUGGUGCUCUUGGAUGGAGCUAUUCAGCUCUUUGUGCUCCAGCCGUCCAGGGUGCAGCCGGAGAGUCAGAAGGGGACGCCCCUAACCACCCUGCUGAAGGACCCGUACAUCCUCAUCGCUGCAGGCUCCAUCUGCUUCGCAAACAUGGGCAUCGCCAUGCUGGAGCCGGCCCUGCCCAUCUGGAUGAUGGAGACCAUGUGUUCCCGAAAGUGGCAGCUGGGCAUCGCUUUCUUGCCAGCUAGUAUCUCUUAUCUCAUUGGAACCAAUAUUUUUGGGAUACUUGCACACAAAAUGGGGAGGUGGCUCUGUUCUCUUCUAGGAAUGAUAAUUGUUGGAAUCAGCAUUUUAUGUAUUCCUUUUGCAAAAAACAUUUAUGGACUCAUAGCUCCCAACUUUGGAGUUGGUUUUGCAAUUGGAAUGGUGGAUUCGUCAAUGAUGCCCAUCAUGGGCUACCUCGUGGACUUGCGGCACGUGUCCGUCUAUGGGAGUGUGUAUGCCAUCGCAGAUGUGGCAUUUUGUAUGGGGUACGCUAUAGGUCCUUCUGCUGGUGGUGCGAUUGCAAAGGCAAUUGGAUUUCCAUGGCUCAUGACCAUUAUUGGGAUAAUUGAUAUUCUUUUUGCUCCUUUCUGCUUUUUUCUUCGGAGUCCACCUGCCAAGGAAGAAAAAAUGGCUAUUCUCAUGGAUCACAACUGCCCCAUUAAAACAAAAAUGUACACUCAGAAUAAUACCCAGUCAUACCCGACUUCUGAAAGUUGCUCAUUCACAUCAACGUGAAAAGAUUUUAAUGAUGAUGAAGGAAUUGUUUAAGUCUUGAAUCAUGUUAUGAAAACAGGUAAAAAUAAUAGGGUGGUCAGGACAUAUCCCUUUUCACAGGCAGAAAAGAAAAAUCCAACAUCUAAAAAUGUCUAUGUGUUACCAUAUCAUCUAGUGCGUUGUGUAGUGUAGUUUUUCUAAGCAUGACAACAUUGAUGUGCUUUUUUAGUGAAAUAGUAAUUACUGUUAGUGAACAUUGUCAGUUUGUAUUGUUUUAUAUGAGAUAUGACUGGUGUGUGAAGAUAGUAUGGAAUAUCUCAAAUAGUACUUGUUAAUUCUGAAGUCCUGUCAUGAGCAAAAACUACCUAAUGUCAGUUUUGUUAAGCUAAAAUUGUGUUUGUGUUAACUUGGCAUCAGGAGCAAAGAACUAUAGAACAAAGACUCCUCAACCUUAUAACUAUUUCUUAUUUUCUAGGAAAGUGGUUAAUAUUUCUUUUGCUUUAUGAAGCUUUUCUGUGGGGCUUGCAAUGAUUUGAAGUCUGGUUUCCAUGUGCAGUGUGUUUGAAGCAAACAUCCUACUCAUUUAUUUGCAUUGGGCAACUUACACAAGUCUGCUACUUUGGAAGAUGGCUCUGGAGGAGCUCUUAUAAUGCUAAAAUAAAAAUGCAGGAUUGCUUCUACUUCUACAGGAGGAGAGCCUUUAAAAAGAAUGUGCUACAAAUUGGUUUUCUUAAGAGAGUUUGUGGUUCUUCCUGCCCCCAAUACCAUAUAAUUUAUUCCUAUUUCAUUUUUGCCUUUAAGGCUUCAGCUUCUGUAACAAUGACUGGCAAAGGCACGCCUGCUGUUGAUCCCUAGGGAUAAGAUGAAAAAUAUGAAUUUUUCAGAACUGUUGUGGGAGCAAAAAAUAUGUUGUAUCUGAGGAAAAAAAUUAUAAGUUCUUUUGUAUGACUAAUAUUUUGGGUUAGCAAGACUGUGAAAAGGCUUUUUUCUUUUUUAAUGCAUGUAUCAGAACAAAGAACAUACAGCUCUCUGAACAUUUAUUUUUCGAACAGAGGUGGUUUUUAUGUUUUUACGCGGUAAUACAGAUACAAAAAUAUUGAGGUAGCAAAGAAUAUUCCACUCUUUUGACUGCUAAGUGUAUGUCCAAGUCACAUUUUAGCUAGUUUACUUAAUAAAUCUUCUGAACACCUUACUGUGCCCAUUUGUAUUCCUUUACAAACCAAAUAUUAUUGUUGGAAUAAAAUAUAUAACAUAU